UGAAAUUUAUAAAAUUUGUAAGGGGCGAUUACUGUAAAAUCAAAAUUGUUAUUUUAUCUUUCCUAUGAAAUAUCACACGCGAAACAAAGACAGCUCUCUCCAUUGCAAGAAGAGGAAUGGAUUUUAAUGAAGCGGAAGAAGAAACAGAAAACAAAAACACCGAAAAACACUUGAUAAGCAAGGAUACAAACGAAAGCGAUAGCGAGGAAUACGACACAGACCUUGAGGAGAACUUUGCGGAGGAAAAAGAUUUCUAUAAAACACAAGAGGAAAUUUACUUCCAAACGUGCCAAAAAUUGGAAAUUGCACCAGUUUCGAGAUUUUUAAGGGAGCUCUGUUCCGAAUCAGUGGAUCUGCAGCACUAUGGUAUCGGAGAUAAGGGUGUUAUUGCAUUUUCAUCGGCGCUGGCACGAAACAUAACAGUAAAGAAAGUAAACCUUGCUGACAACAGUAUAUCCACUAUCGGAGCUGAAGCUUUGGCACUGAUGCUUAAGGACAAUUGCUUUAUCACACAGCUUGAUGUAUCGCAAAAUCGAAUCGGAACCAAAGGCAUCGAGUUUUUUGGUGAAAUGUUGAAUGAAAAUGAUAGUCUCGUCAGUCUAGCAUUGGGAAGCUGCGGCUUGCAAGAAAGAGAUAUUCCAAAACUUCUCCAAGCUGAUAGCAUUCGCCUCAGAAUUCUGAAUCUGAGCGGCAACGAACUGAGAGACGUGGGCGCUAUCUUGCUGGGGUCGUUCUUGAUUUCUAACAGCACGCUUGAGAUUUUGGACCUCAGCUGGAGUGCGAUUCACCUACGAGGUGUUGCCGCUAUAGCGAAAGGGCUCAAAACGAACACAGUCUUGCAGCAACUUGAUAUCUCUCGUAACAGCAUAUCUAACGAAGGAGCAACUGAAAUUGGUGAGGUUCUCGCCGUCAACAGGUCGUUGCUUAUUAUAGACGUUAGUAACUGUGGAUUUAACGAGAUAGGUGCCGAGGCAAUAUCUGAGGGUCUGUCUUUCAAUAAAAGCCUUCAAACGCUGAAAAUUGGAAGAAAUCUGUUCCAUGAUUAUGGUGUUCAGAAACUCCUAAAAGAAAUUCGUAACAACACUUCAAGUGCGUUGAUGCACUUAGACAUGGAAGACACCACACUGGACCAGAAAUGCGUCCAAGAACUUCAGUCACUGAUCCAUGAGCGACCGGGGUUUACCUGUCAAUGGGGGACGGUCGUUAAAGGUGGAGGCACUGUGGUUGAAAUGCCAGCAUCCCUCAGGAAAAACGUUCCUAAGACUCCCCUUGUGGUGCAGAAGUUUUUGUCUUUUGUUAGCAAACGAGGUUGGAGGCUGAUCGAUCUCUUCAGGAUUAUCACCAGGAACGAUUUCAGCGCGCUUCGAAUGACUGUAGAUAGAGAGAGGUUUGUGGAAGGCCUACAAAAGCUAGGCGUUCAUCUUAAGAGAGUGCAACUCGAUGAGUUGUUUGACAUUCUCGAUGUAGAUGAGGAUGGCGUAGUUAGGUUUCAAGAGUUUGUGGCUAUGAAACAACAGAAACAUUUGCUUGCAACUAUGGAAGAAGACGAGUUUUUCGACACAGACUUGGAAGACGAAAGUCCUGACGGAGAAAACGAAGAGAAGGACUUCGCCAGCCUCUCACGUUCAACACGGGAAGUUUAUCUUGAUGCCUGCAAGAGUAAUAACAUUGUGCCCGUGUCUAAAUUUCUAAAGCAGUGUGGGGCGAAUGACAUCGAAUUAAACUAUUAAGGCGUUGGAGAUUCCGGCACACGAGCUGUAAGUGCAGCAUUAGAAGGAUGUUUAAAUGUAAGAACUUUAAAUCUCCAUGACAACGGUAUCGGCGACAAGGGAAUGAUCUACAUCGCAAGAAUGUUGAAGAGAAACCCUUUUAUCACCAAAGUCGAUUUGUCUGGUAAUCACAUCGGCCAGGGAGCUGCUGACGAGCUUGGAGACACGCUCCUUCAGAACAACACACUGAAAGAACUCAACGUCAGCAAGUGCAACUUGCAAGGGAAAAGGAUUGCCGUGUUUUGCAAUUCUUUAAGAUUAGAUGCACCUUUGACCUACUUGAAUUUAUCAUACAAGGACAUUGGUGAUAAAGGAGCCACCUUUCUGGGUUCAGCCAUCAAAGUCAAUGCGGUUCUUGAUACAUUGGACGUGAGUUGGAAUAGCAUUCGCGUAAAAGGGGCCCGAGCUUUGGCUGAGGGUUUGAAGUGCAAUACUCGCCUUAGGGAAGUGAACAUUGCUUGGAAUGGUCUUCUAGACGAUGGCACUGCUGCUAUACAAGAGGCACUGUCGUGUAACCAGACGCUCAAGGUCCUGGAUAUUGGAAGUAACUGCAUUACUAACAAAGGUGUUGCGGCCAUAGCCAAAUUUUUGAAGACAAACAAAAGCUUGGAGGUUCUGAAAACUGGACGAAAUCCUUUCCAAAGUUACGGCGCUCGCGUUCUGUUGAGGGCUAUUCAAAAGAACCCAUCCAGCGCUUUGAAAGAACUACAACUCGAUGAUAUCGUGUUUGAUAAGGAGUGUGCACGUGAACUCGAAGUUCUCCUUGAGGGAAGGCCACUGUUCACCUGUUCCUGGGAUAUCAGUAUAACAGGAGAGCGACUCUCAGAUCAAACCAAGCGACCCGAGAUCCUGGACGUGUACUUAGCCUUCGUACGUACGAAAGGGCUUCGUUUGAUCGACCUGUUCAAAAUUUUGUCGAAAGACCGCGAUGGUCUCAAGCUCAGUAAAGAGGAUUUCGUUGUGGGAAUGAAAAAACUGAACGCACCAAUGCAUGACGUCCAUAUAGGAGAGCUCUUCGAUAAAAUGGACUCCAACGGCAAUGGCGUGAUCGUUUUUCAGGAUUUUGUUCUUUGGACGCGGGAAAGAUAUCAACCUCAAGGGGCGGCAGCCCAAGAGGAAAGUGGUCGCCGCUAG